AUGUGGUGGUGUGACCCGAGCUUUAAGGAUAAGCUUAAGGAGUGGUGGCUGGAAGGAGACUCUUUCGUGGGCACCCCUAGUUUCAGAUUUGCCAAAAGGCUUCAAGUAUUAAAACAAAAGAUUAAGGCCUGGAACAUUUCGAGCUUCAAAAACAUUUUUUUUGAAAAAUUGAGAAUAGAGGGGGAACUUGAAGCUUUAAACCAAAAAUUGAUGUUGAAUGGGAUGAAUAAGGAGGAAUUUAAGCUAGAAAAUAAUUUGAAGGAGGAGUACCAUAAUGUUUUGAAAAUAGAAGAAGUUUUUUGGAGGGAUAAGUCUAGGGAGCUAUGGAUUUCAGAGGGCGAUCGUAACACCAAAUUCUUUCAUGCAUCUUUGAAAGCCAGAAGAAUCCAUGAUAAGAUCAAUUCCAUAAAGGAUGAGUUUGGUCAAUGGAGGACAUCAGAUGAGGAGAUACAAAAUUAUGCACUUAAUCAUUUUCAAAAAGUUCUAGGGAAUUCUGACUUGGGAGGAAUGGAAUUUGAACACCUUGUAGAAGAGAAUAUUAACAAAAAUUUGAUUUCCAGUUCAGAUGUAGAUUUGCUAGUAGCUCCUUACUCCAUGGAAGAAGUGAAGGUUGUGACAUUUGGAGUACACCCAAACAAAUCCCCUAGACCAGAUGGGAUGACUACAGAUUUGUUUUAA